AUGGAUAUUAGUCCGUUAGACUGUCACGUAUGCGGAAAGGAGCUCAUAUCACCUUGCCUCCUUCCGUGUCUACAUUCUGUUUGUGCUAGUUGUCCUCCGUGCUGUGCAACCUCUAAUAACUCGUCCUCCUCGGGUCGUUCUUCACCAGAUCGACUAGCCGAAUUUCUAAUCGAAACCUCACAUGAAACCGCUGAAAUAUGCGCCAAUUGCGAGCAGAUUAAGCAACCGAUGUAUUUUUGUGAAACCUGCCAGCAAGCACUAUGCCACGAGUGCCGUAACGUUGUACAUCAGGCUCGUAUGUUCGCUACACACCAGGUUGUGAUAGCUGCAGAGUCGGCACGCGUACGCGGUCGCGUCGCAUGCACGCUACACUCUGAGCCGUACAUACUGUAUUGUACGGAACAGAAAAGCCUGUCAUGUAUUCAGUGCUUCAAUGAACGUUCACCAGAAGACAGGCACCAUUUCGUCUCCGUCGGUGCCGGUCAUAAGAUAUGUACUGAAAAAAUAGAGAAGUGGGCAACAAAGCUACGGUUAUAUCAGGAAGAAAAGCGUGAAGAACUCAAAGUGCGAGAACGAUUGUUGAGUGAACAAAGUAGCGGUUAUCAGGCUGCUAAGGAUAGUCUCUACCAGUUAUGCCAGCAAAUUCAAGAUACUGUGUUGUCAACCCGCGACCGUCUAGCACAAGAAUUAGAACAAGCCUACAAAACAGCGGAGGAAACUUGUCGUCAGCAAGUCGAAGAAAUUUUUUCCAUUAUGGGACCCAUCCGGUUAUGCUUAAUGUCGGCACAGAUUCUCUGCUCUUCAGCAUCUCCCAUUGAUGUUCUCCAGCUGUCUGGUGAACUGAACAAAAGAUCGAUUGUCACUCGCUCGAUCGACAAACUCCCUCCAAUCCAUGUGAUUGAUUCGAUUGAAGCUCGUACAGAAAUCGCUAAAGCUCUUGAACCGUUUCUUGGUGAGUUGGAGAAGACCCGUUUGGGGUUACAUUCCGCUGUUCUUAAUGAUCUACAACCUGAACUACAGGAAAUGUGGCAAGAGCAGCUAGACAGAGUUCGACGGCAACAAAUCAUCUACAGAGAGAAGGUUGAAGAGUGUUUAACGAUGCGUGAGACCGCUCGUUUAGUUCUAACGGCUGCCAAACAGCUUCUACCGUAUGCCACAUGUAUUGAGAGCAUGAGCACACUUAUCGAUCCAAAACGGUGCCAUCCACCAGAUCCAGCUCCAAUGGAGAGUAUCUGUAUGCAAAUUACUGGUAUUGAGCCAAAUAGUGAAACUAGAAUACAAGCAAUCGAGAAGGAAGAACAAAAUCGACGAGCAGUGCAAGAAGCGAAGAAAAGAGAGGAACUGGCCGAACGUGGAACGCCUGUAAAAGGCUUAAAGCAUGGAAAAGCAAAACGCAAAGACACAUACAGAAUGCUGGUGAAUACGAACCGAGAACGUAGUCCAGGAGGCACCGACUCAACGCUUAUCAGUCCAUGCCUUAUAAAGAGAAUUUCGUCCACAGUGCGCGGGGACACGCCAUUUGACGUAGAAUUUGAGUCGGCAGUGUGGCGAGAAGAUUUCGAAUUGUCUGUGGAGGAAAAACUUGAAAACGCGGAUUUAUCAAUACAAGAGGAAGAACGAUGCAGUUCAUCGCUCUCGUUGACGGCGCCGUCAUCUUUUUCGCAAUCGACGACAUUUCUACCGUCGCUUGAGCAACUUCUAGGACGGAUUCCGCUGGCAAGUAGAGUGACCGUCGACGUAGAAAUGUCUCACCAGUCGAUGCUACAGUCACUCCAUGACGUCUUUGCAGUUCAGAAGCCGGAUAGUGAGACGGCCAUAUGCGAAGAACCAAAUGUAUCGGCUAGUGCAGUGAAAGCAUUUACACAGAAAGCGAAUGCUCUGUCAUCACCUGUUCACAGAAUUGAGACCUCACUUCCCAGUGAGAAUCUUGAAACACUAAGAAAGUCUAAGAAAGAGCGACGUCGUCGGAAGAAGCGGAGCGAUGAGACGGUAGAGAAUCGGGACGAGUCAUUACCCGACGAACACAUCGCCGACAUAGCAAUCGCAUCGGUACCGGUGGUGCCAUAUGUUCCGAAAGCGGUGUUCAGCGAUAAUGAAAUGCCACCAAAGCAGCUUGGAUCGUUUGAGGCAAAGGAGAAGAUGUUGCGUUCGUUGAGAGAAAAAAUGGGCUCUCCAAAAAAAUGA